AUGUUAUCCCAAGAAGCCACAGGCCUUAUUUUAAUCAUAUUCCUUCAACAUCAGGAAACUCCCAUCGUCAAGGCCAACAACCGAGACCUCUCUUACGUCCUCCUGGCCUCCCUCCUGCUUUGCUUCUUGUCUCCUUUCCUCUUCAUUGGUCAACCAAGGAAAGCCACCUGCCUUCUCCGACAAACAGUUUUCAGCAUCAUCUUCUCAGUUGCCGUUUCUUCUCUCUUGGCCAAAACCAUCACAGUAGUGCUGGCUUUCCUGGCCACAAAACCAGGAAACAGAGUAAAGAGAUGGCUGGGGAAGAGCUUGGCCAACUCCAUCAUCCUUUCUUGUUCUAGUGUCCAAAUUAUGAUCUGCUCCAUCUGGUUGGGAAUUUCUCCCCCAUUCCGUGACUCAGAUUUUCACUCUCAGCCUGGGGAGAUCAUCCUGCAAUGCAAUGAAGGCUCUGUUUUCAUGUUCUACAUCACCCUCAGCUACAUGGGCUUCCUGGCUGCCAUCUGCUUCACAGUGGCUUUCCUGGCCAGGAAUCUCCCUGGAGCCUUCAAUGAAGCCAAGCUGAUCACCUUCAGCAUGCUGGUCUUCUGCAAUGUCUGGGUCUCCUUCCUGCCCACCUACCUGACCAACUCUCAUCCAAAAAAGGACACUUCUAGAACAGAUGGAAAUGAAAUGUCACUUCAGGAACAAGGAAUUUUAAAAUCAGAUCCAAAUUAG